UCGUGAUCGUUGCUGAAACCAUUCAUUCACCAUGGCCCGUACCAAGCAGACCGCUCGUAAGUCCACCGGAGGAAAAGCUCCUCGCAAGCAGCUGGCGACCAAGGCUGCCCGUAAGAGCGCUCCAGCUACCGGAGGAGUUAAGAAGCCUCAUCGUUAUCGGCCAGGAACUGUUGCCCUGCGUGAGAUUCGUCGUUACCAGAAGUCGACUGAGCUGCUGAUCCGCAAGCUGCCUUUCCAGCGUCUGGUUCGUGAGAUCGCCCAGGACUUCAAGACUGAUCUGCGUUUCCAGAGCUCGGCUGUCAUGGCCCUGCAGGAAGCCAGCGAAGCUUAUCUGGUCGGAUUGUUCGAGGACACCAAUCUGUGCGCCAUUCACGCCAAGCGUGUCACCAUCAUGCCCAAGGACAUCCAGCUGGCUCGCCGCAUUCGUGGAGAACCAAAAAUGUCUGGCCGCGGCAAAGGAGGAAAAGUCAAGGGAAAGGCAAAGUCCCGAUCAUCUCGUGCCGGACUUCAGUUCCCAGUCGGUCGUAUCCAUCGUCUGCUCCGCAAGGGCAACUACGCAGAACGUGUCGGAGCUGGAGCUCCCGUCUAUCUGGCCGCUGUCAUGGAAUAUCUGGCAGCUGAAGUGCUGGAAUUGGCAGGAAACGCCGCUCGUGACAACAAGAAGACCCGUAUCAUCCCGCGUCAUCUUCAGUUGGCCAUCCGUAACGACGAGGAAUUGAACAAACUGCUUUCGGGCGUCACCAUUGCUCAGGGAGGUGUUCUGCCAAACAUCCAAGCCGUUUUGCUGCCCAAGAAGACCGAAAAGAAGAAAAGUUUGGUAGCCCUGAAAAGGGCUGUUGGUUUGAUAGAAAUUGACAGAAUAAAUCCGGCGUCCAGUUUAACCUCCGAAACCGUACAGAGUGCGUCCCUGUCGCUUCAGGGCAUAGACGACGUCCAUAGCAGUGACGGUCUUGCGCUUGGCGUGUUCAGUGUAGGUGACAGCGUCACGGAUCACGUUUUCCAGGAACACCUUCAGCACACCUCGGGUUUCCUCGUAGAUCAGACCAGAGAUACGCUUGACUCCUCCACGACGAGCCAGACGACGGAUAGCGGGCUUGGUGAUACCCUGGAUGUUGUCACGCAGAACUUUGCGAUGACGCUUGGCGCCUCCCUUUCCGAGUCCUUUGCCUCCCUUGCCACGUCAUUCACCAUGGCCCGUACCAAGCAGACCGCUCGUAAGUCCACCGGAGGAAAAGCUCCUCGCAAGCAGCUGGCGACCAAGGCUGCCCGUAAGAGCGCUCCAGCUACCGGAGGAGUUAAGAAGCCUCAUCGUUAUCGGCCAGGAACUGUUGCCCUGCGUGAGAUUCGUCGUUACCAGAAGUCGACUGAGCUGCUGAUCCGCAAGCUGCCUUUCCAGCGUCUGGUUCGUGAGAUCGCCCAGGACUUCAAGACUGAUCUGCGUUUCCAGAGCUCGGCUGUCAUGGCCCUGCAGGAAGCCAGCGAAGCUUAUCUGGUCGGAUUGUUCGAGGACACCAAUCUGUGCGCCAUUCACGCCAAGCGUGUCACCAUCAUGCCCAAGGACAUCCAGCUGGCUCGCCGCAUUCGUGGAGAACGUGCUUAAGUUGCUCCGGAUCUGAUCUGUUUCUGCCAAUUCAAACCAA